AUGCAUUUUUUUGCCGACAGUGGUGGUAUCAUACUCAAACUCCCAAACGGCGACUUGGCUCCACUAUCAGCCAAGCAACUAGCAUGGUUGAUAGAGACAGGACACAUCAGGCUCCCAGAAAUAAGAGAGAAAGAUAUCAGUGAUAAGAGCAAGGCUGAUAGGUGUACCAAGGCCUUGGCUUGUUGUCAAACUACAUGGUUCCUGGUCAAGCUCGUUUGCCGCAAGGUUGAGAACCUCCCAGUGAUACCAUUGGAGCUUGCCAGUGUUGCCCUUGCUCUAACAUCUCUCACAACUCUCUCAUUCUGGUUUCGAAAGUCAAUGGAUGUCCAGCAACCGUAUAUAAUCAAGAUGAGUCGGUCAUCAUCCAGUCUUAGGGAGACAGUGAUAGAUAAUGCCACAGAGAUCUAUAUCAACGUUGCUGCACUAGAGCAAGCGGAGCCACGAGCCUACAUAUCCCAUAAAUGGUCCGGCCGCCUCCUUUCUCUCAUCUGUCGCAUGGGCCUACAAAAGCAAUAUAUGGACCGUAUACCAAACGACCGCGAUCCACAAAUCCUCGGAUUCCGCCAGCAUGCUACUCUAGGCGUCGCCACAGCGGCAUUUGCCUCCAUCCAUUUUAUCGACUGGCACUUUCCCUUCGCAACCAACGCUGAAGCUAUCAUUUGGCAGGUUAACUGCUGCGUCAUGUGGGCUCUGCUUGCAGGCUAUGGUGGUGCCGAAGUGAUAAUCUGUUGUAUGGAGAAAUACCAAAACCUAGGAAUGGAUACGGCAGGUGGGUACAAGUUAAGAUGGCCGGUAUGCCUCUGGUUUUUGGUACCUGCCAUCACGUACUUCUGGGCGAGGUUGGUGCUGAUUGUAGGGGUUUUUGUGAAUUUGAGGAGUCUGCCUGACGAAGCAUUUGUGCAAGUACAAUGGAAUAGUAUAGGCUGCUGA